UGCAUGGGCCGAGCAAAUAAGACUUUGAGACAGAAUAAACAAUGCUAAAGUACAGUUUCUCUGAUUUAUCCUAUAAAAAGGAACAUCUCUCUUUGUCCAGACUAUGUUUCUCUGUCUGCACUUUAACCAGGAGAAGUUCACAAUGACGAUGCGUGCAGCCCUGGGUCUCUGGGUCCUAUCAGCGGUGAUCUGCGUGGGCAGAGGCCAUCACCAACCCGAUCACCAUUUGGGUCACGGCAACGACGAGACCGGCCAAGACACCGUAGCGGACGGCAGCGCCAGCAGCAUCUCCCUGGUGAACGAAGCAAACCAAGAGUUUUCCUUCCGACUCUACAGGCAGUUAGCAGCUCAUGCUGACUCUCAGGGAAAGAAUAUCUUCUUCUCCCCGGCUAGUGUGUCGGCCGCCUUGGCAGCGUUGUCCGUGGGAGCGCAGGGGGAGACUCACCGUCAGCUUUUCAGUGGCCUGGGCUUCAACAGCUCCCUCCUGACGCAGACAGAUGUGAACCAGGUCUUCCAGACGAUCCUCCAGAGGGCCAACAACACAUCUCAGGAGGACGCCAGCGAAGGGACCUCCGUGUUCGUGGACAACCGCUUCAAGCCGAAGCCGGAGUUCCUGCAGACCCUGAAGCAGUCGUACCUCGCAGAUGGGUUCAAUGUGGACUUCACCAAAGCCGCAGAAAGUGCUGAUACCAUCAAUAAGUACGUGGAGGAGAAGACCAACGGGAAGAUUGACAAGCUGGUGGAAAGCCUGGAUCCAAACACAGUCAUGUAUCUCAUCAGCUACAUCUACUACAAAGGAAAGUGGGAGACUCCGUUUGACCCUGAGCUCACUGAGCAGGAUGACUUCAACGUGGACGAGAACACCAAGGUUUCAGUCGACAUGAUGAAUAUGGAGGAUGAUUUCUACACCUAUCACGACCGCGAUCUGAACACGACGGUCCUUCAGCUGCCCUUCAAAAGCUCCUACUCCAUGCUGCUGAUGUUGCCUGACGUCAUGGCAACGCUGGAGAACGGCAUUUCCCCAAACCACGUCACCAAAUGGUUGAAGGCUUUGGUGACACCCAGGAGACAUGAUGUAUACAUUCCAAAGUUCUCCAUCAAGACUUCCUACAACCUGAACGAUGUGCUGACAGAAAUGGGAAUGACAGAUAUGUUUGGUGAGCGUGCAAAUUUGAGAGGCAUUUCAGAGGAGCAAAGACUGGCAGUCUCAGAUGUUGUGCACAAAGCUACCCUGGACGUGGACGAGGCCGGAGCCGAAGCUUCAGCUGCCACAGGCAUCGGCAUCACGCUGGGGUCUGCCUGGUUCCCGGACCCUGUCCCUGUGUUGAAGUUCAAUCGUCCGUUCAUGGUCCUCAUCACUGAACGUAACACGGACAAAAUCCUCUUCUUGGGGAAGAUUGUCAACCCAACCAUCUGAUGCAUCAUCACUUUGUGUCAACUCGAGCACAGCUGUUGCAUCUCAUAUCCGAAAAACUUUAGUUUUGUUGUCUCUUGCUUUAUUGAGAGUUUAAACAGUUUUUAUAUAAUGAUCUUUGAAGGUAAUAUAAUGUAGGGAUAAAAUAUGAUCAACUUCCAUAAGCAUUUGGUAUUUAUUUAUAACAGAGAUCAGCUUUAGACAAAUACAAUAGAGCUCAACACUUUUUGAACCGCUCUCAUUCUGGGUAUUAAAAUCCUAUACUUAAGUAAAAAGUACAAGUCCUGCAUUGAAAAUGUUACUUCAGUAAAAGUAUUUAAGUAUCAUCAGGAACAUGUACUUAAAGUUUAAAAGUAAAAGUACUUCAUCCAGAAAAAUCCUCAAAUUGUUGAUUUCAUACGGACUUGUGUCUUCUACAGGAGCAGAAACUUUGCUUCACAACCUCACAGCUUGGGGUCAGUCUACCUUGGAUGGUUUAGACAUUGUAGCUAAUAAUCAAAAUCCUUAUAGAGAAAAUGAAUUGGAUUUUUAAAGUUGACGGGACAGUGUGAAUGCUGUACGUUCAACCCUGGAUUGCUGGCUUGAAUGUGUAAGAAGUAGUUGAAGUAGAAGGAAUAGUUGAAAAAGUGAGAAUGGGUUAAUUUGGUAUGAAUGUCACAGAGAAGUUAAAUAAUACAAAUUUAUUUAUUUAUUCGGGACAGUGCACAUUAAUGAACAAUCUCACAUUUCUGUACAGACUGUAAAUGAGCCAGGUUAUAGCAUAAAUGCUAAUUUCCACCUGUAGUCCCGAGGCAGGAAAACAACAACAUACAAGAUAAUGCAAAACAGAAAAAUAUUUCAAUAUACAAUAUCAAACAAGGAACACAUUAGCACGCAUUCAGACAGAUUACAUUACAUCAAUAAAAUUACUCAAAAUGAUGACAUAACUGGGAACUUUUAAGAAAUUGUUAAAAGUGCUUUUUAAAUGUGCAGUAAGUUGGACAUUCUCUUAUGUUUGAUGGGAUUCUGUUCCAAAAAUGACCUCCUCUGAUAGACAGAACAGUUUGUCCAAAGGUAGUUUUUCUAUGCGGGAUCUCUAUAUCUCCUCUAAAUGAAGCUCUGGUACAAUGACCUCUGUCAGACCUUAGUUUGAUGUAUCUAGAAAGCAAAGGUGGAGCAAGUCCAUGAAAACUUUAUGAAUUAAACAACAGUUUUUAAAAUUUUCAAAAUUAA